AUGGAUAAAUAUUCACCCAUUGUUUUAAAAACACUUCAAGAAUUGCUUCCACCAUCCGUAUUUAGUGAAUUAGUUUGCUUUACUUUUUACGAUGAACAUCCAAGGGAUACAAGAACGAUAGACCUCACUGUAUGCUGCAAAAGAGGUGUGGUACAAGAAUUUUAUAAAAGAGAAUUAAUUGACUCCAUACUAAUACAAAACGUUGCUAAAGUAGAAGAAAUAGAACUGGUAAGAAAUACUAAAUGUGAAAUUUUUUAUCUCGUGGCAGCCAAACAUGAAAUUAUCAUUUUGUCUAAAAGAGAAAAACUUGAGGUCCACAAAAGAAUUACUGAUGUACAAACAUAUGCGUUUAACGAUGUAGAAUGUAAGGGUCAAGCUUCACUUAGAGUAACUGUAACAGACGAUGCUCUUCCUGUAGUUUAUAAUGAAAACUUUACCAUGUCGAGAGAUAGAAUACUAAGUACAGACAAAGUUCUUUCCGACGAAUCCCUGGCUCUGUUGAGGGAAUUAAUGAUGAAAUUAACUGAAGUUGAAUAUUCUUCAAAUUGUAAUGAAAACACCUUAAAAAAAUAUUUAAAAUUAAGACAAGAGACUGCAUUUAAUAUGUAUCAAAGGACAGAAAUCGAUUCUGAAGAAUCUGUCAUUAAACUAGAUCCAAAUAAGAUAUCGGAUCUCUUACAAGUAUCUAUAAAGCCUCUAAAAGUUAAAUGCUGUAACAAAAAAAUUAUUAUAAUAUCAAGCUUACACAAUAGAAAUGAACUUUUUAAUCUUUUUUUUUAUAGGCUGAUCUCAGAAAUUACUGUCCUACUUCACCAGACAAAUAAAAAAUCAUUAGAUUAUACAACAAAAGUAUUUAAUGGGAUAUCUACAUCUCCUUAUUGGGAGGAAGUAAAUUCAGAAAUCGGUGUAGAUACAAUUUCCACAAUAACAGCCGUUGUGGAUUUAAAAGAAAUAAGAAACAGCACAAUAAAAAGUAUCAAUUUUGAUGUUGUUAUUUCUUUUAAGAGAGGGGAAAAGAAUUAUUUACUGCCAUUGGGAACUGUAGAAAUUUCAGCUCUGGAUUUUACAGGAGAAAGUUUUGAUGUUUUAGCAGAUGAAGAAGAAGAAAAAUGUAUUAUGAUGUUGGCAUUGCUAAGUACUUCAAAAAGAGUAAAUCUUAAGCUUAGACAUAUAAAACAACCUGAUGAAAAUGUGACAACAUUGUCAGAUAUAUUUUGCACUUAUUUGAAAAUGGAAUCAUUGGAUAUUGAAAAUGUUGUUAUACAUAAAAAAUCUCCUCAUCAUAUCCUCUACGGUGUAAUGGUUGUUUUCGAAGAAAGUACUGAUCCUUUAGUCAUGAAUUUUCAAGUUUAUUUUCGGUCUCAGUGGCAGGUACUUGCACUAAUUAAUUAUAUGUAUGAUGUAGUUCCUUACAAAAUAAUAGUAACUACUCCAGAAUACAAAUUGACUGGUAUUACUAAUGAUCUCAUAAAUUACAAAGACGUAUCUAAGGUAACAGAAACACAUCUUAGUAGUGAAAUUGUGAAGGAAUGUUCAUUAUCAUUACUAAAACAAGCACAAAUGGUUAAAGAAUAUUUUAAAAAAUGUACCCAAGUAAUGUUAGAGAGUGAAGAUAUUGAUAUAAGAAAUAGAACGGACUUGUAUACAGAUUUGUUUGCACAGGGCUUGACAAAGUAUGUGGAAUUUAGAAACCGAGUCUUAGAGGAGUCUUUUUAUUUUAUUAAACUUUUAACCCUUAAUAAAAAACCUGUGCGAGGUAAUUCAAAUCUUUCAACAAAUGAUGACUAAUUUUGCCUCAUAGUUGAAAAAAAAAACAAAUAGUAUUGAAAUAAUUUAUUUAUGUAAAAGUGUCAAUGUCAGACUUGUGAAUACUUAUAAAUAACCUUAUAAACAAAAUUACGAAAUAAAUUACUCAUAAAAUAAAUAUAUUUUGAAGGAAUACUAAUUGUAAAGAGAGCAUUUACAGAAAUAGAUAUUAUUGUAAAUAUUGUUA